GGCUGCGGGCUGGGGGUGGGAGCCAUGGACUCGGCGCCAGCCUUUGCCAUGGACAAGCCGUUCGCCCCCGGCGGCGUGCGCGGCCCGGAGCCGCCCGAAAACGCUCAAAGCCGGAAAAACUUCAGCGUGAGCCACCUCCUCGACCUGGAGGAGGUGGCGGCCGGUAUGAACGGGACCCCCGCGGCCGGUCCCCCGCCCGCCGGUAGCGGCAAGGCCAUCCCGGAGCCGUCGGGAGGCAGCAGCGGCAGCGAGGCAGCGCCCCAGGACGGCGAGAGCCUGAGCCCAAGCUGUGGGGCAGCCAAGAGGAAGAAGAAGCAGAGGAGGAACCGCACCACCUUCAACAGCAGCCAGCUGCAGGCUCUGGAGAGGGUUUUUGAGAGGACGCACUACCCCGAUGCCUUUGUACGGGAGGAGCUGGCGAGAAGGGUCAACCUCAGUGAGGCCAGAGUCCAGGUGUGGUUUCAGAACCGGAGGGCCAAGUUCCGCCGUAAUGAGAGGGCGAUGCUGGCCAACAGAUCGGCAUCGCUGCUCAAAUCCUACAGCCAAGAAGCAGCCAUUGAGCAGCCCAUGGCACCACGACCCACUGCACUGACCCCGGAGUAUCUCUCUUGGACCAGCACCUCCCCAUACAGCACUGUGCCCUCCUACAGCUCCAGCGGGACCGCAACGCCCACCCAAGGGGUGAACAUGGCCAACAGCAUCGCCAGCCUGCGCCUCAAAGCCAAAGAGUUCAGCCUCCAUCAGAAUCAGGUGCCGACCGUGAACUGAGCAGGGCAAACCCCAUCCCAUGGCCUCCUCCAGGAUACAGCGUGGAGCUCCUGUGCCGGUCCAGGACAAAUCUGCCACCUGCCCAGCACACAUGCCACUCAUCCAAUGUCUCAGCAUCUUCUCUCCUCUUCCCUUCCCUUCUGAAGGUAGAGUCAGUCCCAGGCUGAAGUGGCACAUAAUUAUAGCCACAUAUGGAGCGAACUUGGUUAGAAACUUGCUUUUCCGCACACCCUCAUAAUAACGGCUAUAUAUACACACAUACCCCCCACACGCUCUUUGAGGACAAACAGAUUUGCCAAGGGAACAAGAAUUUGCUUCCAAACAUGGAAGGAUCUUGGACUAUUGGAUUUGACCAAUUUGGGUAUCUUGCCCAGAGAGCCAAAGAGUUAUUGGGUCUUCUCCCGCAGGGACAGUGUGGGAGGAUCACGAGCCCCCCUUUCCACCAGGCUGUGACUUGCGGCGCUCAACUGUGUGUGCCAAAGCUGAUCCAUGUAUCCGUUUCUUUGUGCAACCCUAGCCACAGUGUGGGGUUUGGGACUUCCCAAAGUUUGGGCCUUUGGGAAGCUGAUGGCUCACCCAUGCCAUGGCCAGUCUCAGCCAGCCCUCUGUACUGUGCUGCCUGCAUUUAGGAGCUGCCUAUGCUGAUGGCAUCGGGCUUUGUCCCUUCCCAGAGGGGCGAGCAGAGCAUCUCAACAGAGCCGCCUGGAGCCUGUGAGCUCUCCCAUGAGCUGGGGAUGCAUCGGCAAUCCCCAAGCAGGCACUGCUGCCCUGCCUCGGUGGAUUUGCCAGCGAUUCUGCAGAGCCCCAGGUCAUUGAACCAUCCCAGGGAAUGAGAAAAUUGGAAAAAGCUGUUGGGUUUCAGCUGAGUAGGCGGCUCCCAGCGCUUCGUGCCAACGAAGGCUUCGCCUUCCGGAGGCACAGCCUCCCCGUCGGCAGCUUGCAGAUGUGCUCGGGGGUCUGGGGCCGGCAGCUCCAUGGGGGGAGGCUUUUUUGGUUUUGCAGAGAGGAAAUGGUUUCCCCCUCAUCCCACCCUGCUGUGCAGCCUAAUGAGGUUCCAAGGUGGGAUGUGCAGGGGGAUGGACACGGGGUGGGCAGCCUGGCCCUAAUCCCUGGGACUGAACUGCCUCCACAUUCCCCUGCCAGUUCCACGGCCAGAGUGGUGGAGGUGUGGUGUCCCUGUGGACAAAACCCGCUGGAAACCAGAUCACCCUUUCCUCACCCACUGGAAAGAGCCACCAGCCAAGCAUGGGGACACCACCAGCUCAGAGGGGUGGCCUGGACAGAGAAGACAGCCCUACUCCCCUAGAAGGGGUUGGUUUGGGGGCUGCAGCAAUAGAUCUGAGGACAAAUAGAGCAAUUGCUGAGGUGCCUCCUCCAGCCAAACAUCCUCUGGUUGGUGACACUGAGGCUGAAAGUGGCACAGUUACAAAGUGCCCACCUGAGUCCCCACAGCUCCCAACUUUCCACUGGGGCUUUCACUGCAGCUGCAUGUGCCACCCAGUGGCUGUGACACCAGGGCCUUCUGCUGCACCCCAGGCAAUGCCAGCAUGAGGGGGAGUCACCCAGCACCCAGAGAUGGAGACCUGAUGGGAGAACCAUCUCCUCUCUCUGGGUGUGAACCAGCCCCUCCAUCCUGCCUCCAGCCCCUGCCUUCUCUGCUCUACAGUGCAGCCCCCAGUUGGGAACAGCAACCUUGUCCUCAAGCUUGGCAGGCAGAGAGCAGGCACAGCCUGACUGACACUGUCCACCUCAUCCAGGGAGCAGUGUCACCCGAAACACCCACUCUCUGUAUUUCCAGGGCUGGUAUCCCUCCCAUUUGUCAUGCCAGAAGAAGAGCACACAGCUCCCCACAGCUCUGUGCAGAGACCUGCCAAGGCAGGGGGAAUAGGGAUCCACUGUGGAUCAAAUCAUCCACCCUGAGAAACACUGCUUGGGGCAGGAGGAGGGGGCCAGGGGGGUCCUAUUCCCAUGGAAAGCACAGGGCUCUUUUUUCAGUUAUACAAGAUGAAACCACAGGGAUAUAAAUGUCGCUGCCUCUUUGAGAACAUUAAUGAAAAUAAACCCAUUUAAUAGUUUGCAGAUGCUGUUUCUGUAAACCUAAAAAAAGCAGGGAAUAAAUAUUUCUUCACUAAAUAUCUAUAUGUAUAUAUAUAUUUGAAAACAUUUGCUCCUAAUCUUAGGGCCCCUCCUUUGCUGUGCUUUUGGCAGCUUAUCACAGCUUGUCAGUCAAUACUGAACUCACCAAGAAGAGAUACAAAUUGCACCCAUGGAGGGGGUAGCAGGACCGAGGGAUUAUUGUAAUCUAAGCUCUCUCUCACCCUUUCUAUUUGUACAUUUCAAUUACUUGUAACAAGAUCUAUGGUGGAUUUGUUUUUUUCUUCUGCAUGUCUGUGUUUUGGAAAUUUUUGUAAGGUUUUUGUAAAAACAACUCUUGUGAAAUAAUGGAGGAAUAAAUAUUUUACUGAGUA